CCUGAAAUGAAGAUCCACUCGAGUCCAUCAGGUCGCACACUAAUUGUAGGAGAAGCUCUUAAUUUGACUUGUAUAGCGUGGCCAAGGUCUGAGGACGAGCUAUUUCCUAGGAGAAGGAUCAAGUAUAUUCAGUGGUAUGAUCCUAAGAAUAGAUCAGUUGGAGUCAGAUGCAUAAAUCCUAAACUACGAAAAGAACUUCUUUGUACAUUAAUGCUCAAGGGAUUGACUUUAGCACAGUUUGGAAAUUACACUUGUGAGGCAGAAAAUGAUUACGUUGGAUAUUGCCGGCGAAAAACUGUCGAAAUUGGACAAGCUUUCCAAGCACCAGAGACUGUCGAGGAUCCAAAGAACCAAACCGUCGUUGCUGGUUUCAACGUAACCUUGAACUGCAACGCCCAAGGUUCUCCCAUGCCAUCCAUCACAUGGAUAAAGAACAACGAUUCACUUGCUAUACAGUCCAACCCGAGAAUAAAAGACAUCGAGACUGUCCUGGACUACAAACAAAUUCAUAGCCAACUGGUAAUAGAAGAUGCAAAGAAGAAAGAUGAAGGAAAAUAUCACUGCGUUGCAAAUAAUACUGUGGGAGAAAAAGCAUCCAACCCGGCUUUCUUGUUCGUAAAGGAUUUAGCUUUCCUGGCACCGGAGACUGUCGAGGAUCCAAAGAACCAAACCGUCGUUGCUGGUUUCAACGUAACUUUAAACUGCACCGCCAAAGGUUCUCCCAUGCCAUCCAUCACAUGGAUAAAGGACGACGAUCCACUUGCUAUACAGUCCAACCCAAGAAUAAAAUACGUUAAGACUGCCCUGGACGACAAACAAAUUCAUAGCCAACUAGUAAUAAAAGAUGCAAAGAAGGAAGAUAAAGGGAAAUAUCACUGUGUUGCAAAUAAUACUGCGGGAGAAAAAACAUCCAACCCGGCUUUCUUGUCCAUAAAGGAUUUAGCAAAAGCGUCACCGAGAAAAGAUCGGCAUCGUUCAGUCUCCUUGAUUACUGUGCUUAGUGUGUUUGGUGGCACCAUAGUGACAUUCAUGUGCGGGUGCACCAUGGCGUUUUUCUAUCGACGUGCAAGACGAAAUAAACAGGGUAACAGGGAUGAGGGAGAAAUGUAUGUGGUCUGCAUGGCCAACAACGAUUUGGCUGAGGGGAUAGCGGAAGAUGAGAAUCAUAAUGAGAACGGUUCAGCGCCUUCAGUGGUAAAUGUUGUCGCUCCGCUGGUAGAUGAUGAAAAGCUAAAUACUAAUAUGCGACCAGAAAGAAAAGACCCCAAACAAGACGAUGAGAGUGUCGACUCGAUGCUCCUAGAGGGACGCAAGAUUCUUACUCCACCAGAUGUUGGAGAAAAAAAUUUCAGAAAUCUCAUCUUUGUUCAAAAAGACCAUGCAGAAAAGUUGUUAAACUCACCGAGUGGUCAUUUAAGUGCUCAAGAUGGUUGUGAUGAUGCCAACGUGAUUCCACAUCAAGAAAGUGGCAUGGAUACCUACAAACAUGGCGAUCAAAUGCUAACAUCUCUUAACAUAGCGUUUGAAGAAGAAUGCGAAAAAGACUUGGAUGAUCUCGAAGUGCUUGAAGAAGUACUCGGCGAAGGGGAAUAUGGAAUCGUUUACAAAGGUCGUUGUGGUAGAAAGAACGGAAACAUUAUUGAUGUUGCAAUCAAAAAGUUGAAAGAUGAUGCAAGCAAACUUGAGAAAGCCACGCUGUUAAACGAGAUAAGGACUCUGAAACAAGCUGGCCGACAUCCGAACAUUGUCAAUUUAAUUGGAGCAUGGGUACACGGAGAAACAGUUUUUGUUGUUACUGAAUUGGUCCGAGGUGGUAGCCUUGAAAGCCUUUUGAAGAGCAAGGACGACGGAAGUAACGAAUAUGCAAAUGUCUGCUGUAAACUGAGCGACCGACAGCUGUUGAACAUUGCGCUGCAGGUGGCCUUGGGAAUGCAGCAUUUAGAAGAGCGGAAGUGCAUUCACCGCGACCUUGCAGCGAGAAAUGUCUUUAUUGAUUCAAGCAAGGUGGCAAAAGUUGGAGACUUUGGAUUAGCAAGGAACAUCUCAGACGAUGGAUUAUACAUCAAAACUUCAUGUAUUAAAAUUCCAUGGAGAUGGUCGUCUUUGGAAUCUCUUCGAGAUCGAGUUUAUACAUCCAAGAGCGAUGUUUGGUCGUUCGGCAUACUACUUUCGGAAAUAGCAACACAUGGUGAGUUGCCAUACCCUGACAUCGAAUCACCACUUUCCCUGGUAAGUCGGCUCUCUACGGGUUAUCGGAUGCCUCGUCCUCACCAAUGUUCGGAAGAACUGUAUACGUUAAUGAGCUCUUGUUGGAACGAGAAUCCUUUGAUGAGACCUUCGUUUACUGACAUCGUGAAUGAGCUAGAAUACCUCUUAAGAGAAGUAAAGAGGACAUAUAUCAACAUCAUGGAGGAUGAAAUCACUAGCAGAGUUGAUUUGAAGUAGAAGUAAAAUGAGUGGGCAGAAAAACCAGCACCUAGCGCCAUGCUGUGCUGUAUUUCAAAAUUGAGUAGUCUUGAAUUGAAUGACCUGUUCAUCUUGUUACCAAUAAGCUAGGUGAAAAAGAAAGUUAUAGAAAUCUUAGUUGUUGUUAUGCUCGUGGGCUAAAGAAACUCAGUCCUUUUUUUUUUUCUUGGUAAUUUUCAUGAAAGCAGCUCCUGUGUUGGUAAAUUAGUCAACUCCGCUUAAUUGAUGAGAGAAUGUAAAUAUGACAUGCUUUCAUUCAUUAGCCGGAAAUGGGUACAAUUGUCUGUAUUUAAAAGUUCGUUGUGAAUUGCACCAUGUUUAUUUGAAGAGGAUCAAGAAGACUGGAAAACGGACUUGCUGUCCCUGGAUCCUUCCUGGCUAAAACGACCAGCCAAGCAAUUGUGGUCACAAAAUUGGACGACGACGAGAUCAUUCGUUUGAAGGAACUGUGCGCUCACAUGGACGUAAUAGUUGAGAAACUGAGACAAAGACCACUGUUUUUGUAUUAUAAGCCUUAAGUAAGCAAUAAAGGAAAAUGA